GAAGGUGUGGGAGGAUUCCAGGAAUCUCUAAUAUUAGCAAGCCCUUCAGGUGAUUAUUAUGCUCAGGCAAGUAUGGGAAACCUUGCUCAAACUCUGCGUUCCAUUCUACCUCGGUUCUGUGUUCCUUGGACAAGACCAAACGACAAAGCCAGAGAAAAACCUCUUGCUCCAGGAUCAUGACAAGGCAGCAGCUUCUCCCUCAGAAACAGGAACUUGGGGAAGGUGGCUCCUCAAUGGUCUGUGAUGCCGUCAGAGGAAACGAGUGGUUGUGAGAACCACAGAGUCUGCAGAUGUGAGCUGGGAGCUCCAAGAACCCUGCACCCAUAGCUCCUGUGACACAGAGCUCAAAGAGCCCUGGGCCUUCUUCCUUGGCCUGGCUCUGCUUGGGAGGGAUGCCCAGUCUGAUGAUCCCUCAGAAGCAUGAGGUUCUUGUCCCAUUCCAGGUGCACAAACUGCUGACCACAGGCAGAUGCUGAGCAACCCAAACCGAUACCUGGAGCCUCUCCCUGAAGACUCCCCGGCUAAGAGAGUUCUGGGUCUCCUAGGACCGAAGACAUUGGCAGACGUCAACAAGGGCAUCCUCCCAGAGUCCUGGCUUGUCCAGCCAAACAUGCAUCUUAGCUGAGCCCCCUCUCCAAGCCUCCGAUGACAGGAAGCCAGUUUCCCUCGGGGAUGUGCUUCUAAGUAAGUGUUCUGCUGACGAAUGAUGGGAAGUCUGCCCAGCAGAGGAAAAACCCUGCCAAGCCCAAGCUCAAGCCCCUCAGUCCAAGACCAAGCAUGUGUGCCCAUGCAAGCAGAGAAGAGCAAAGCCACAGCUGUGGCCCUGGGCAGUUUCCCGGUGGGUGAGCAGGCAGAGCUGUCGCUGAGGCUGGGGGAGCCACUGACCAUCAUCUCUGAGGAUGGAGACUGGUGGACAGUGCUGUCAGAAGUCUCAGGCAGAGAGUACAACAUUCCCAGCAUCCACGCUGCCAAAGUCUCCCAUGGGUGGUUGUAUGAGGGCCUGAGUCGGGAGAAGGCCGAGGAACUGCUGCUGCUGCCUGGGAACCCCGGAGGGGCCUUCCUCAUCCGGGAGAGCCAGAGCAGGAGAAGUUGUUACUCUCUGUCAGUCCGACUCAGCCGCCCCACGUCCUGGGACCGGAUCAGACACUACAGGAUCCAGCGCCUGGACAAUGGCUGGCUGUACAUCUCACCACGCUUCACCUUCCCCUCACUCCAGGCCCUGGUGGACCAUUACUCUGAGCUGGCAGAUGACAUCUGCUGCCCCCUCAAGGAGCCCUGUGCCCUGGGGAGGGCUGGCCCACUUCCUGGCAAGGCCAUACCACCGCCUGUGACUGUGCAGAGGAUGCCACUCAACUGGAAAGAUCUGGACAGCUCCCUCUUGUUUUCUGAGACAUCUGCCACAGGGGAGGAGUCUCUCCUCAGCGAGGGGCUCCGGGAGGCCCUUAGCUCCUAUAUCAGCCUGACUGAGGACUUCUCCUUGGAUGAUGCCAAAACCCAAAGCAGAGGACAAAAGGGGAACCAAGGCUACAGCACCUAGCACCCCACUCUGCUCACCCUGACUGAGCACCCCGGAGGCAUGGCUGCACACUGAGGGCGAGGGCUGGAGCACAGCUGUAUCCAGGGUCCCUGUGUCCUCAUUCCUUUCUCCCUUAGAAGUCAGUUACCUCCUCCCAAUGGCAUGACCCCACCCCAACUUCUGGUCUCCAGGCUCAGCCCAGGUGAGAGCAGGGCCAGGGCUCCAAAAAGAAAGAGCAAACCUCUCCUGGGGUCUGACCCAGUCAAGUCAUGAGUCAUUUUGCAUUCGGCCAUAAGCGUAGCUGGGAGAGCUUGGCCAGGUUCAAGUGAUAAGCCACAAAAUGAAGUAACAGCUCUAUAAGCUGGGACUGUCAGAGAAGGGCCCAGGUAGGGGUAUAUGAGGACCUCAAUGUCCCAUCAAGGUCCUCCUCUGAAAAUGACUCCCUCAAGCCUAGCUCACCGCUGUGAGGCGGGUCACAUCUUUAAGUGCUGGGCAGGGGCCGAGAGCCAGACGUGGCACCUGUGUGCAGGGAUCCUGUCACAGGUCCUAGGGCAUCUGAAGGUGGUAAACCCUAUUUCUCUCCAGAACCCAAGGCCACAGCCAAACCAACUCCAGCCCUUGAUGUCCCUGAUCCCCGUAGGAAAAGAGAUCUGGCUGGAGCUGAGGGAGCAGGGACAGGACGAAUAGAUGAGGCGGGAAUGGUGGAACCACCUCUAGUGUUCCUACUGGGUUCUGGGGCUAGAGGUGUGUGUGGGGGUGGGGUGGGGGGGAGGGAAGCAUUACCAAGUAUGAUCAACAGGUUUUCAAUUAAAGAUUUGAUUUAUUUGAGUACCUGAAAACAUUCUACAAUGGAAACUGUUAUUAGAUGCUGCUUGUACUUGCUAUGGACCACACAUACACUGACAUACUGUUUUCAGAAGACUUGAAAUGCCGCUGAUAGCUGAAAGCUGUACACCUGAUGGAGAACUGAGGAAGAAAACUUAAUGUUUCAUCCAGGUGAUCCAGAGAUGCAUCAAAAUAAAUGACCAGCUCCAACUGGCAAACAGGCGUUCAGUGACAGAUAUCCAAGGGGAAAUGGGUAGCGGUGGACAAUUCAGAAACGGUUCCCCAAAAGGUGGAUGGUUCUUUAAAAAGUUUCAGGUCCCAACCCUUGCAGAAUACACUGAUGCCCAACACAAUGAUUCUCGGUCCAGAAAACAUGCGUCUUCUAGGCUCCCCGUGCAGGAGUGCCCCUACAUCGUGUUUCUGUGCUGUAACUAAGCGGGUCCUUUAGACAGGGGGCAGGUGAGGGCUGUACACCAUCAGUCAUAGUGGAUGGCUGUGUAAAAGAUGAUCCAAAUGACCUAGAAGGGAGACAAGCAAUGUUCACAGGUCACCUGGAUCAGUGGUGGCCUUCUUAGGCCAAUUCCACAAAACAAGAAUGUCAUAUACGUACACAAUAGGCUUCCCAGGGACUAUCCAAUAUAUAACCUGCUUAGAGGCCUAAAUUAUUUCACUGAAAUCAAGCUGUAACAGGCCUAGGCCCCCACCCAAACAGCGACCUGAGUCCCAGGGACUGAGUUAUAGAUAUGGAAUUUUACAAGUAAAGCAGACAAUAUUGCUAAAAGGUGUUAGGAUUAGCAACAAAUGUAAAACCCACAACACCAUCAGACUCUGUCAUCUCCGUAUCAAAGGAGGCAGCGGUUCUCAAACCUGGCUGUCCACUGGAAGCUCCUGGGGGAAUUUUUAAAAAAAUAUAUAAAUGUCCAAGCCCCACCUUCCACAGAGUCCGAUUUUAUUGAUUACACUAAGAUCUGGCUAUGUAAGGGUGUUUGUGUUUAAUUUGUUAAAAUAACUUUAUUGGAACAUAAUUCACAUACCGUAGUUUAGCCUCUUAAAGCAUGUAAUUCCGCAGUAUUUAGUGUACUGUACUAAUUCCAGAAUAUUUUCAUCACCCUGCACCCAUUAACAGUCACUCUCAUCCCCCAGCCACUAGCAACCACUAAUCUGAUUUCCAUCUCUACAGAUUUACCUAUUCCAGACAUUUCAGAUAAAUGAAAUCAUAUCACAUCUAUGAAUGUAUCUCACUUCUUCUACUUAGCAUGUUUUAGAGAUUCGCCCACGUUGUAGCAUAUAUCAGUACUUCACAUUCUCUAUGGCUGAAUAAUAUUCCAUUGUAUGGCUAUACCAUACUUUAUCCAUUCAUCAUUUGACAGACAUUUGGGCUGAUUCCACUUUCUGGAUAUUGUGACUAAUGCUGCUAUGGCUACAUUUUUAAACGCUCUACAACUGUUUCUAAUAUGCAGCCAGGGCUGAGAAUCAGAUGUAAAAGCUAAUCAUGAGCCAAAGAUUCACACAUUGCAGGGCAGCUGUACAGCUUAUCACAGUAUGUUUUCUGGGACAACACAAGAGGCCCUGCCUCAGGGCCUUUUGAAAAAUGGUACCCUGCUCACUUGGUUAACUAGAUCAGUGGCUGACACUUCAUGAAAAGAACAGUACCUGCUACAAAACAAUCAGUUACACAUACCAUGAACAAGGCAAAAGAUGUCAUAAACCCUUCCUUCGUGAGCUCCCACGUGCCGCCAUAUUCUUCCUCAUCUAUCUGGAGGUAGCUGCUGAAGUAGAGGUACAGGACGCCUGCAUUGAUCAGGCAGAAUCUGCAGUGAGGGAGGGAGGGCAAGUGCCAAACACAAUCCGUGAGCUCAGAGACUCAGAGCUCCCACCCCCUGCCCAGCUCUAUGAGGGCCCUCACUGCAUAGAUAACUUUUUUAUGUGUCUUCCCCUACUGUGCAGGGGCUGACCUGGAAAUAAGCUUUGGGCUCAGAAAGACUUCCAUUCAAACCUGAACUUUACUUCAUGGUCAUGAGAUCCUGAGCAAGUCUCUUGACAUGCGUCUCAGUUUCCUUGUCUGUAAAAUGGGAUGUCUGAAUAUUGUUAUGGGACAAGUGAAAUAAUACAUGAAAGUUCCUAGGCUCUCAAUGGAGGUGCUCACCUGGCUGAGUUAGCAACUUAAAGGAGAAGCAAUUCUUUACAGCUGCCCACCAAAAGCGAAAAAAAAAAAAGCACACAAUUUCUUAAAGCCUCCCUGACGUAAGACAGAAUGGCUGCUGGGUAAGCCGUUCCAAAGCGGACCAAUUCCUGAUAUGGGCCAGCAGGCAGCUCCAGCUGGGGUAGGGUGGAGGUGGCCAUGUGGCAACCGUAUGUUAAGCUGCUGCUUCACAGCCUAGCUGAGUAAGUAAAACCACGCUAAGGGAUCCCCUGCAUAAUUCCCAACGGAAGAAAAUUUCUGCACGUCCGUCGGACUGCACCUGAUGGGGUGGUAAACCUGACAGCUCUGCCCUCAGCUCAUCAUCUAUUAGGGGCCAAGAACAGCAAUCAGAAUAGAAUUGAAACCAGCUGUUUGUGAGCACCCCUAAAAGGUCUCUAACGCACAUAAUGUAUUUAGCUGAUACAGGAAUGAGACUGCACCCUGCUUUACUCAGCUCUUGGCACUGUCGUCAUGUAAUUUUCAUAAAGCAAUCAAGACUUUCCUCAUGACUGCUCCAGUUAAUGCAGCUAAGCUAACGGGGGGCUGUGGGUCUUAGACCACAUCCCUUAUAAGGCUGAGGUGGAAAAAUGCAGAGAGCUGGUUCCUCCAAUGGAUGGUGUGUGGACUGGUGUAGGGGAGGGCAGUACUGUGAGGCUGAGGAAUGUAAAUCAGUAUGUAAGGGAAGGUUCAGACCCUGAGCAAGGUGGGGACAGAUGGCGUGUCUAUACUGCAGGAAGUCUAGUUUGUGAAUAGCGAGAGUACUGCGUAGGCUUUCUCAUGAGUGAUAGAUAGGAACAGGCUGGGAUACUGGCUUAGACUUGUACUCAUGUUUCAGGACAUGAGAGCAAUAAAGUUUGAGGACAGGGGCUGGGCAAGUGGCUGAAUCGGGGAGACAAAGGCUUCAAGUCUAAGAGCCUGGGAGUACACACAUGGUUUCAAUAACAGAAACAGGAAGUCAGGAAGAACAGAAGGUUUUUCUUGGAAGGAUUUCCCACAAAAUAUAGUCAUUGGCUUGGUCAUGCUGUGGCCACAUCCUUAUCUUCUAUCAGAAAUCUUGGGACCAGCUUUAGCUCUGACAGUUUCCUCUUGGGCAGGCUGACUUAGUGGCUCUCGAUGGAGACUACUAAUGGGAGUGAGAAAUGUCAUUCUGAGGCUGAGAUAGCUGAAGACUGAAGGCUCACCAAGUCUCUGGUUGUAAAGGUGGUUGCUUAGUGAGAUGAGGCAAGGGAGCAGGGAUGAGAGGAGAGAGAGGGUUGAAGGCAGGAUGAACAGCAAUCUUGAAUCAGAAAGCAAUCAGAAAGGAAAGAGAACCAGUUUGGGACCAAAGCUAAGGGAUGAAGGGGUGGUUAAAUGCCCAGUGCUCAAUUCAUCAACUAAGUCAGAUUUCAGGGGUCUGCUAAACACAGGGCCUGGUAUACAGGCCUGAGAACACUGUAACCUCUGCAUCACUAGUUUUGGCACUCAGUCUUCAUCACUUUACCCCACCUGCUUGUGGUUGCACCAGCUAAACACUAAGUAUUGUUAGGUGCUACUGAAUCGAUUCCAGCUUUUAGCAACCCUAUGUACAACAGAAGGAAACACUGCCCAGUUCUGUUCCAUCCUCAGAAUCAUUGUUAUACUUGAGCCCACUGUUGCGGCCACUGUGUCAAUCCACCUCACUGAGGAUAUGUCUCUUUUUUGGUGACCCUCUACCAAGCAUGAUGCCCUUCUCCAGGGACUGGUCCCUCCUGAUAGUAAGUCCGAAGUAUAUAAGACAAAGUUUCGCUAUUUUUGCUUCUAAUAAGCAUUCUGGCUGUACUUCUUUCAAGACAGAUUUGUUCCUUCUUCUGGCACUCUAUGGUCUAUUCAAUGUUCUUCAAAAGCAUCAAUUCUUUGGUCUUCCUUAUUCACCGUCUAGCUUUCACAUGCAUAUGAGGCAACUGAAAACACCAUGGCUUGGGUCCACCAACAAACUGAUUGCCAUCCAGUCUAUCCCGACUCAUAGUGACCCUAUAGGACAGAGCAGAACUGCCCCAUAGGGUUUCCAAUGAGUGGCUGGUGGAUUUCAACCGCUGAGCUUUUGGUUAGCAGCCAUAGCUCUUAAACGCUGUGCCACCAGGGCUCCUUGGAUUAGGUCAGGCACACGUUAGUCCUUAAAGUGACAGCUUUGCUUUUUAACACUUGUGAAGGCUGUAGUCUUUGAUCAUCAGUAAGUGGUUCAAGUCCUUUUCACUUUCAGCAAGCAAGGCUGUGUCAUCCGCCUAACACAGGUUGUUAACAGAGUCUUCCUCUGAUCCUGAUCCCGUGUUCUUCUUCAUACAGUCUAGCUUCUCAGAUUAUUUGCUCAGCAUAUAGACUGAGUAAGUACGGUGAAAGGAUACAACCCUUACAUACACCUUUCUUGACUUUAAACCAUGCAGUAUCCCCUUGUUCUGUUCGAAUGACUGCCUCUUGGUCUACAUACAGGUUCCUUAUGAGCACGAUAAAGCGUUCUGGAAUUUCCAUUCUUUGCAAUGUUAUCCAUAAUUUGUUAUGAUCCACACAGAUGAAUGCCUCUGCAUAGUCAAUAAAACACAGGUAAGCAUCUUUCCGGUAUUCUCUGCCAAGGGUGAACCUGCUGGUAUGCCAAAUAUCAGCAGCAAAGCUUCCAUACAUCACAGCAACACGCAAGCCACCACAGUACGACACCCUUGACAGACAUGAGGUAGAAGCAUUAUGUGUGAUGUAUUUUUUCCCCAACCACAAAACUUGGAUCACUUUGUCAGUAACAGUCCUGUCUUGAUGAAGAGAAAUAGCGGCAGCAAUAAACCAACCAAAGUACAACCUGGCCACCUACUUCACAUCAAGUGCAGGCCUCAGGACUGGGGGAGAAAAGGGCUGACAUUAGGCCCUGCCUUUCAGGGGUUACACAACUAAGUAGAAAGUGAACUCACAGAAACAAAGGCAUUUGACUCCAGUGCUGGGUGGUCAAGGGGCAGGUCAGCAAAGGCCUGGAAGGGCUCAAACUGAAUCUUAAGGACGGAUGUGACGUUAGUUUUAUGUCAACUUGGCUAGGCCACGGUGCCCAGUUGUUUGGUCUGGACGUUGCUGUGAAGAUACAAUCCGCUGACUCUUAAGUAAAGGAGAUUGCCCUCUAUAAUGUGGGUAAAAGCCUUGUAAAAUCAGUUGGAGGCCUUAAGAGCAAAAAACCAAGGCUUCUGAGAGGAGAAGGAAUUCUGCCCCAGGGCUGUAAAAGAUAUCCUGUGGAGAGUUUCCCUGAUCUACCAAUUUCAGACACAAGACUGCCAGGACUUUCAGCCCACAGCCUGACUUGCCAGCCCCCACAAUCAAGUGAGCCAAUUCCUUAAAAUAAAUCUUUUCUCUCUCUAUAUAUAUUGUUGUUAGUUGACGUCAGGUCAAUUUGGCGUCAUGGCGACUCCACGUGUGCAGAGUACAACUGCUCCACAGGGUUUUUAAGGCUGCGACUUUUCGGAGGCAGAUCACCAAGCCUGUCUCCUGAGGCACCUGUGUGUGGAUUCAAACGGCCAAUCUUUCAGCUAGUAGUUGAGAGCUGAACUGUCUGUGUCACCGGGGAACUCCCCUUGGUUGCAUGAGCGCACUUUAUAUAUUUCCUGUUGGUUCUGUUUCUCUGGAGAACCCUGACAAAUACCACAACGGGCAUAAUUUCUGUAUUGUAAAUGAGGGAGGGAAUUACACAAGCAAAUGUGCAGAGGCAGAAAUGAAUGUGUUGGGUUACAGUUGGCGGAAACAGUGGAAAAGACUGACUCUGAAAUGGGUUUUUAAAAACUCUACCCUAAGAGGGUUAGAAACUGGCAAAAUUGUCACGAAAGGAGAGAAUAGAAGGGCUGACUCACUAGGGGGAGAGUAAGUGGGAGUAUGGAGUAAGGUGUAUAUAAGCUUAUAUGUGACAGACUGACUUGAUUUGUAAACGUUCACUUAAAGCUCAAUAAAAAUUAUUAAAAAAAAAAAAACUCUACCCUAAAAACUUCAG